AUGCUAUCUGAGGGAUACCUUUGCAAAAUUCAGUCAUGGUAUGAAGAUGGCAUAGCAAAGCUGCACUCGGAGGAGGUGACUACAGAAAGAAAAGAACUGGCCGGUGUGUGCACUCUAAAUUAUGCAUUUGCAUAUGAGACAGGCAGCAGAAGAGUUUUCAAGAAAUAUGGGUCUGUUGAACGAAAAGCUUCAGCAACAUAUGGGAAAGAUACUGCACAGAACGCCAUGGAGACACAGUUGUUGCAUGAAAUGGAAAAUCCUAUAUAUGAAACUGAUAAAUCAUUCCCUGCCAAUGUAAGUGCAAACUCGCAGUCUAAUAAAGAGACAUAUCUGGUCCCAUCAUCCUGUAAAAAUAUCUGCAGAGAUUAUAAUGACUUGCAUGUAGCUGGGGAUCAGGUCAUGGCUAUAAACUCAGUCAUGUCUAACUCAACUUGCAAAAACAGCUUUGAAUUUGGUGAAGGGCCAUUUCUUCAAUCUUCUCAGAUUCCCUCAGCUAUGGAUUCUCUAUGUGUAGCAACUAAUGAUUUGCCUAGGAGGCAUUCUAAGCAUGAUUCCUCUUGCUGGAAAGAGACCAGUAUUAAAGACAAGAGCAUUAUGAGCCAAGAGCAACCACUGUCUAAUUCCAUACUCAAUGAAUACUUGGAGAGGAAGGUCAUUGAGCUCUACAAGCAGUACAUGAUGGACUUGAGCUGUGGUACAUCUAAUCAUAUUAUGGACUCAGAGCUCAUAAUAAACAAUGUGGAGCAGAUCAGUAUGCAGCUAUCACGAGAACAAAACAUGGAAGCCAACAAAGCUAAAGACAUGGUCAUCAGUUAUCUCCUCAGGCUUGCAAGUGGAAAACAAUCUAAUGUUAUUAGUACUCCUGUUAUCAGUACUCCCGAUCUGCAGAUCUCAUCCAAUGUAACCUAG